GGCCGGGAGAGGCUGGGGGUGGGGUUUCCGAGCGGACUGCGGGGCUCCGAACUCGCGCGGCCCCUGCGGCUCUUUACGUCUGGCACACGGUUGGUGCUGUUGCUGCUGCUGCCGGAUUCGCUGCUUCGCUGCCUGGGCCGCGUUGUCCGAACCCCGCCCAACCCUCCCCCUGCCCCGAGCCCGAGCGCCAAGCGGGCCCCCGGAAACAGCUGUAUUAGACCUUGAUGUGCUUCUGUAAACUGAAAAGGGGAGAAAGCAUUUACUAGAAGAAUGUCCACCCCUAGCUGGAAACCAUUUGUCUACGGAGGUUUGGCCUCUAUCACUGCAGAAUGUGGUACUUUUCCAAUUGAUUUAACCAAGACACGUCUCCAGAUUCAGGGACAGACAAAUGAUGCCAAGUUCAAGGAAAUUCGAUAUCGAGGAAUGUUACAUGCAUUAGUAAGGAUAUGCAGAGAAGAAGGGCUGAAAGCAUUGUAUUCUGGGAUUGCCCCUGCAAUGUUACGGCAGGCUUCUUAUGGUACCAUAAAGAUAGGCAUUUAUCAGAGCUUGAAGAGAAUGUUUGCUGAUCGACCAGAAGAUGAAACCCUCCUGUUAAAUGUCGUAUGUGGAAUUCUUUCUGGUGUUAUUUCCUCAUCCAUUGCCAAUCCAACAGAUGUUUUGAAAAUAAGAAUGCAGGCUCAAAGCAAUGUGAUUCAAGGAGGAAUGAUAGGGAACUUCAUCAACAUCUACCAGCAGGAAGGAACCAGAGGACUUUGGAAGGGGGUGUCCCUUACUGCUCAGAGAGCUGCCAUUGUUGUUGGAGUGGAAUUACCAGUUUAUGAUAUCACCAAGAAGCAUCUCAUCCUAUCUGGCCUGAUGGGAGAUACUGUCUCUACACACUUUCUAUCAAGCUUCACCUGUGGUUUAGCUGGAGCUCUUGCUUCAAAUCCUAUUGAUGUUGUGAGAACACGUAUGAUGAAUCAGAAAGCCUUACAAGAUGGAACACAUUCUGGUUACAAAAGCACUCUGGAUUGUUUUUUACAGACAUGGAAGAGUGAAGGCUUUUUUGCAUUGUAUAAAGGAUUUUGGCCAAAUUGGUUGAGACUUGGUCCUUGGAAUAUUAUUUUCUUUGUGACAUAUGAACAAUUGAAAAAAUUGGACUUGUGACAGCUGACAGAUGGCCUCAGACAUCGCUAUGACAAGGAUGCUAUUUUCAGCAACAGUAAUGCUUUCUGCUUCUCAGUGCUUGACUCUUCACAAAUUUUGAGAUGCAGGCAACAGAUCAAAAAUGUCACCGCAAAAGCGUUCGUUUCAAUCCCUCAGAUGCAGCUCACCAAUUACGUGGAAGUACAAAGUUUCUGGUCAGAAAGUCUCUUCUUACUACUUAAGUGCUCUUAGAUACCAAAUGUAAAAAAGGACAUGUCUUGAUUGGCUGCAUUUUGUAGCACUGUGUCAGGGGAAAGGGAAAACUAAGAUAGAAUUUCUUCUGUUACAAGAUGACAGUGAUAUGGCUCAGUUUUUAACUUCCAAUAUCUUAUAAAAGGAUAGGAGACAGGGAUUAGGCCCAUGAUUUCAUUGGUACAGGUAGCUCCCAGCCAAGGGAUCUUGAUCUAUCAAGGCAGGUCAGCAUCUGCUCUGCAACUUAGAAAAUUGAUUUGGAGCAGUAACUUCCCCAGGUUCACACAGCCAGGAUGUCAAAGGAAAGACUUGAAUUCAGACCUUCCCAUUUUCCAGGUGGGCUCUCUAUUCACUACUCCAUGCUGCCUCUCAUGCAGCUGUAUCUUAUGUAGGGAAUAUUAAAGUGCUCAGAUGAGGAAGCCAUCACUAGCUUCUUUAUUUCUUUUCUUUUCUUUUUUUUUUUUUGCAGGGCAAUGAGGGUUAAGUGACUUGCCCAGGGUCACACAGCUAGUAAGUGUCAAGUGUCUGAAGCCAGAUUUGAACUCAGGUCCUCCUGAAUCUAGGGCCAGUGCUUUAUCUACUGCACCACCUAGCUACCCCCCAUCAUUAGCUUCUUAAUGGAGUCCCCAAAUGCUAGGUUCCUGGACUCCUAGUGACUUUGGCUUGGCAUCAUUGGAAGAGAAUAUGCAGCAAGGAUGCGUUCCAUCCAAAACUGGUUCUAGAUGGUCAGCCUGAGAAUAAUCAGUGGAAACAUUGUAUAGGGAGGGAGUUUAUCCAUGAAAUGUUUUUGUUGUUGUUUUCAGAUUCAUUUUUAGCAGGAUGUCUUUUUAACUUCACAUUCAUGAUGAAUACAAUGCUUGGAGAACUGAAUUAUGGGGCAAAGUGUUAACCAAGUUGUGGUCAUUUGUACCCGCUGUUGUAGCUUCAAAGAAAGUUGCCUUUAAAGGGAGCUAUUUCACUAUUUGAAGGGAUGCUGGAUUGAGCAUCCAAGAAACCAACAUUCUGUAUUGGGCCUUGUCACCACUUUGCUGUUUAACUUUUUUAGGAAAAGCCUAAAAACCUUUCGGUUCUUCAAUUUCCUCAUCUCUAAAAUGGGGAUGGGGUAGCCUCCUGGUGUACUGGUGUAAAAUGACAUCAUUCAAUCUCCACCCCUUAAAUCCUUUUGCUGGGGGAGAUGACAGUGUUUCCUUUCUCUCUAGGCUGAGAGUUUUACAGCCAGCGGUUACUUAGUGAACUUGUUUCAAGAGAUGAGCUGUGUUACAAUAGGGUGCCUUCCCUGGUGGUUUAACCUAGCCAUGAUUUCUCAGUACUUUCUUCCAGCAGGCUGAAAGGAAUAUAUUGAAUUGUCUGUUUUGUUGCUGAGGAUUUUAGAUUUAAUGAAGCAGUCUGAUUACCAAAAAUAGAAACUAAACCAGGAUGAUUAAAAAAAAAAGCCCAAAGUGUUCAUUUUAGGUGCUAAAAGCCCAAGAUAAAUUAUAAGAUUCUUUGAUGAUUUCUCUCCACGUGCCAGUAGAGGAUCACUCAGCUGAGCCUAUCCAAGCCUUAGACCAUUUGUUAACAGUACCAAACCCCACCUCAAAAUACUGUAUUUUGUUACUUUAUCAGACAUUCCGCCAAUAGUUAUAAUCAAAAGACUGAUUCUUUUUAAAUUCAAAGGACUUUUUUUUCCUGAUUAAUCAUUCAAUCAUUUUUUUUUUAGAUUGCACAAGACACUUUAUUUUUUUUAACAGAUGUAUAUAUUUUCCAAAAUGUUAUAGGCAAGUUCACUUACAAAGACCAAUUAUAAAAUGAUAUAGUUAUGAUCAUCCUAUGUAUCCAUUUUUCUGUUUUCAUAUUAUUUGCAUGUAAAGUUCAUGCUGUGAUGUAAAUCUGAAGGGGUUGGGUCUUUAGAUGAGUUCUAAGGUCCUUUCUAUUCUUAAUUUCAGUGGUUUAAAUCAAAAUACUUUAAAAAGGCUUUAUUUAAAAAAAAACUUUUAAAAGAAUGUACCUUUUAUUGGCUCAGUUUUUCAGUACCAUGAAGUAUUUGAUUUGACUAGUUUUAGGCCUUAGAAUGAUUAAUGACCGUUUUAGAACAUGCUAGUCAGAGUGGCUGAAGGAUCAGGAAAACACACUCUUCCCCUCGUCUGUUUUAAGGGCACAGCUAAAGCCUUCUCCCAACCCCUACUUUUGAAUAUGUUUUUGGAGUAUGAAAAAAAGAGUUUUAUGGUUUUAAAGUUGUUUUUCCUGUAGCUUCUAUAAUCAAAUUGCUUUUUUAAAAAGUGUUUUCUGUUUGCACAUGAAUUAAUUUAGCCUUUGCUGUUGAAAGUUUCUAGUCACUGUUAAGAAAAAUGUUUCCUGCUUAUAUUUAUUUGUAAAUUUGAAUUACAGUGCUUUACACAAAAUUGUCAUUUUCAUAAGCUUUUCUGGCUUCUAGUUUUUUAUUUAAAUAUUGCUGAGUUGUGCAGAUGCAAACUCUU